AUGGCAUUCCAAGAUUCUGAACAGGCCAAUAGCCAAUCAUCACUCAAGACACACUACGAAGAUGGCCUUGACGCAUCAAGUACUGCUUUUUCAACCUUUUCCCAAGAAGCCCUGGAUUUCAUCGGGCAAAAGGCAAGAUCUUCCAAAUAUCGCACUAGAAGGGAUGAAAUCAUCUCCCGCUUAUUAUGCAGGUGGUGGUAUAUUUUGCCAGACUGGCCAAAUCCACAUCACGACUAUACCAAUGAACUAAAAGAGGCUAAGCUUAAGCUGCUAACUAUCGCAGAAUACGAGGAGCAUGAGGAUAAUGAUGCCAAUGGCUUUACUAAGGUCUAUGAGUUUUCUACAUAUAAGGGUGUUUUUAGAGGCCCAGGAGGCAAAAUUUACGACCUUAGAAAUAGGGAUAAAUGCCCAUGCUACGAAUAUAUCUGCACUAUGAGAGACAGGCAAAUUAUCCUAAUGUUACAGGCUGCGAUAAUUAAUCAAAUAAAGUGCAUGAUUCUCUCUAAUGUUGAGGAACGCGAAAUAGUUCCUUUUAUCAAUGAACUUAAGGCCGUCUCUCGUCUCACAAGUUUGGAUGAUGAACCAUAA